ACGCGCUGCAUUUAAACUUGUUUUGAGUGUUGCGGAAGUGAAACGGACCGUUUCUUUACUCAUUCAAGUAUCUGAUCACGUCAAUGAGAUGGCCGCGCGCGGAGCUAAAGAAGCUCUGGUGAAUAAACUGGGUUUUAAAAAUAGCAGCUCGAGAUCAGCAGAUAGUGAGAUGGAGAAACUGAAGAGAGAGAAUGAGAUGUUAAAGAGAAGUGUGGAGCAAAUGAAAAGAGCUGGAAAACAUUCAGAUCCUGACAGAGCCAAACUCCUGGAGAGGAUUUUAUCUCUAGAGACAUUAAGAGAGAAGAACACACAACAGCUGCUGGACAAAGAUCAAGAGAUGUCCAAACUGAGACAACAACUCCGGGAGACACACGGAGACGUGGUGUCCUCACUGCAGGAGCAAUUACAACAUGCGAAAACCAAAGAGAUUCAGCAUCAGGCCUUAGCGAAAGAGACCGAAGACCUGAAAAACAAGUAUUGUGUGGUGUCUCAGAGAUGUGAAGAACUCGAGAAACACAAGACACAGGUUCAGGUUCAGUCUGGUGAGUUGUCUGUGGUUCAGGAACAGCUAAAGGAUGCUCUGGAGAAAAAUCAAAACUGGUUGGUUUAUGAUCAGCAGAGAGAGGCGUAUGUUCAGGGUCUUCUGGGCAGGAUCACACAGCUGGAGACUCAGUUAAAUGAUGCAAAUCAAGCUCUUCAACAACAUAAAGCAGCUGAUUCAAAUGCAGAGUCCGGUCAGAUGCUGGAGGCUGAACAGACCCGCGCUGGACGCAUUCAGGCAGAACUUGACGAUGUGAAGAAGAGGUAUGAGGAGAAGAGCAGGGAGGUGACUGAGAUCCGGCAGCAGCUGCAGGAGGAGAGGAGGAGCAGUCGGGAGGAGAGAAAGAGUUCAGCUGAACGAGUCAAUCGACUUCACUGUGAGCUGAAGACAAACAAUGAUAGACUAGAGGAGGAGAGAAAGAGGGUAUCUGAACUCCUACAACAGGUAAACGUGCUGCAGACAUCACUGAUGAAACAGCAGGAGGAGCAGAAGAGACUCAAUCUUCUUGAACAACAGGUCAAGUUGUCAGCCAAAGAGUCUGAAAAUGAAAAACUGGACCGUCAAACUUUGCAACAUCAACUUCACAAAGUUUUGAAGGAGCUUCGUAAGGCCAGAGAUCAGAUUGCACGACUGGAGUCCUCAAAACAGCAAAGAGAUUCUCGGUUCUCUGAACCCAGCACUUACAACAGGAUGGAUUUUGAGAGAUUGACGAUUGAAGAUCGGAUCACAUCUCCAUCUAAAGGCCAUAAUCUAUUAGAUGAGAGUAUUCUGGAGUGUCCAAACUGUGGUGCUUCAUAUCCCACCAGUCAGCACAGAGAGCUUCUCGCUCACAUCGACUACUGCUUUAACUAACCCACCUGACAAACACACAACACUGUGUUAUACACUCCACUGACCACACACAAGCUCCAGUGUUUUUGCCUGAUUUCAAAAAAUAUCUAUCAUUAUUUUUAUAUGAACUGCCUUUUAUUUUAUUAUGUAUGGUUGGUGUCGAACUUCAAAAGUUUAAAGAAACUUUUCUGAAGGAAACGUAAAAGUUUUUGUUUACAUGGGGCUUUUCCUGAAAAUAUUUUAAUUUAUGAAUUUAAAUGUAAAUUUUAUUGUGUUAGUUCUCUUUAGGUGAAGUACUCAUAUUGACAUUCAGUACUUGUAUGCUUUUAUGCUUUUGUUUUGAAUUUUAAUCUUAUACAGUAUACUGUAGAAAUGAUGCAUCACUGAAUCAUCUGCUUUAAUGAAUAAAAAGAUACACUGUGCAGUUUCA